UAUUCGAAAUAUUUCGUUAUUUAGUCAUGCGACUUCAUUUUCGAUCAGUAAAUCACAAUCGUUGCUAAAUUUCCAAAUUCAUGCAGGCCUUGCCAGAAACUUUUAUCUAUCAAGCAUUAGAUUUUUGAAAUUGUAUUGUGACAAUGAGAAUGCUUUUGCGCAUUCAGUGAUGGAAACAAAUCACCUGUAUAGUAAAACGAUUUUUCAAAAUCAAAAUGCCGUAUUAGAAAAUAAUAGCCUCACUGAAAACAAUUAUCAACAAUUAAUAGAGGAAGAUUGGGACUUAAAGCCUAGCGAUGAAAUUAUAAUAGCAUUUAAAAAAAUUGCAAUGUUUGCCAAACAUAAUCAUAAGAAAAUAUCAAGUUCAGAGUUUAAUGAAAUGACUAAAGCAAUUAUAAGUAAAAUGGGUGAAUGUUCCGAUACACAAAUUGAAGAACUGUUGUUAUAUCUGUCAUUUUUUGAAGAAGCUGAUGGCAUAAAGGAUUCAAACUUUUGCAGUUUAUGGAUCGCUCUGGAUGAAGCCUGUAAAUCCAGAUCACAUUUUUGGGAUAUCGACAAAAUACUAUUUUAUUGCGAUCUUUGGUAUAAUUUAAAGUUAGUUAGACAUAGUAAAUUUAUUGAAGCAAUUCUUACAAAAGUAGGUCGAAAAGUCAAAACGUUGACACCUCAACAGCUGACUCAGAUAAUGUUUUAUAUAAAUUCAUCACGCCGUCCAUUGUGCACUAUGAUGGACUUUGAAAAAAGUUUGCACAAUUGCCUUUGUGAAUUAUCAACUCAUGAAAUUGCAAUAGCUGCUAUGAGUUUUUUCAAAACCAAGACUCCAAUACAUAAUCCUCAUCUGCUUGAACAUAUUAUUUAUAGAACUAUUGAAUCUGCUGAUAAUAUACAUGAAAUCGCUCUAUGUGCAAUAUCAAAGGUUAUACGAUAUUCAAUGCCAAUUUCAUUACAACAACCCUUAUCAUUUCUUCUACAUAACAUGGUUAAGCAAAUCCCUCGCUUAUCAUUACUGUGUUGUGUGCAUAUUGCCCUUUUGGGAACUAAUAUACAAAUGCACAAUCCUAAAUUAAUGAAUGAGAUAGCUAAAAAGUGUAUUGAAAAUAUUAGUACAAUUAGACUCAAAGAUAUGGAGAGACUAGCCUUCGCAUUUACUUUGUUUGAUUACGAUGAUGGAGGCAAUAGUAUAUACUUAAAAAUGUUGAAGGAAAUAAAAAAGCCUGAACGAGAUGAAGAAAUAAAUAAAUAUCCCAGGUCUUUUGCUUGUCUUCUGUAUUAUUUAAGUCUCAGGAAUUUAUAUGACUCUGAUUUGUUGAAUGAAGUUUUGAGCCCUUCAUUUUUAACUAAUACUUAUGGUGAAGGUUAUUAUAAUAUAGGAAGAGAAAUUUUAUUCCUCGAUUGCAGUAUUGAUGUGGAAAUACCUUCUUAUAAUGGAAAUAGAUUAAAUGGAGUAAAAAGACAAAGAUUGGCAAAGAAAUUUACAAGAAACAUUGAUCUUAAUGGCAAAAUACAUAAACCUGAUUUGUUGUUUGUUGAAGUGUUAAGAAAUGUGCAAUCAUUAUAUGGAAAUGAAAAAUAUGCUGCUCAUGUACAUAUCUUACCCCAUUUUGAGAAAUCUGAUAUUAUGAUUUGUUUGGAUAAUGAUGGCGCCCCACAAUCUGUUGUGUGGCAAAACUUUUAUGAGGCAGGCGCUGUUCAAACUAUAGAUAAAACAAGUGAAUUUAAAUGGAUAGCAAUGAUAAUUGGAACCAAAAAUCAACUUCUCUUUGGGAGCUAUCAAUAUGCUGGACUUUUAUUAACAAAGAUCAGACAACUUGAAACACUAGGUUAUUUACCUAUAGUAAUUCCUUGGCACGAAUGGUAUCAGUUAACAGAUGAUAAGAAGCACUUUUAUUUAGAAACCAAAAUAAAUGAAGUAAAAAACUCUGACACCAGAUAUGCAUUGAAGACAUCGGAUCAUAGUCAUAUUUAA